AUGGCGCGAAGCCGAUCGGCAACGGCAUUCGGCCCGACAGCCACCACAACCACCGCCGCCCCAUCCUCGAGCUCAGCGGAGAUCUCCACCAACACGCCAGAAGCAGCAGCAUCAUCCUCUCUGACAGGGAAAGAAGGAACCCCCUCCAAAGACCCCUCCCCCUCCAUCCGCUUCACCCCGCACAGCGACAUCCACUCCUCCCGCCCCUCCCUCCACUUCCCCGCCACCUCCCGCACCCUCAAACACCCCACCGCCAUCGUGCGCGUCGGCCGCUUCAGCGAACGCGACAACACCCUCUCCCAAAUCCAAGGCGGUGGCGAUCCCAGCAACUUACCCGUCGGAUUCAAAUCCAAAGUCGUCUCGCGCCGGCACUGCGAGUUCUGGUGUACGAACGGGCAGUGGUAUAUCAAGGAUGUCAAGUCCAGUUCCGGAACAUUUCUCAAUCAUGUCCGUCUUUCGCCACCGGGCCAGGAGAGCAGACCUUUCGAGGUCAACGAUGGCGACACCGUCCAGCUCGGUAUCGACUUCAAGGGAGGCGAGGAAGUCAUCUUCCGCUGCGUCAAAAUCCGCAUCGAAUGCAACCGCGGCUGGCAGAAAAGCCUCAACGCUUACAACACCACCGCGCACAAACGACUGCUCAAGCGUACGCGCCGCGACGGCAACGACGCGCAGAACGGUGCUGGCCCGGGGAAAAGUAAGCGCGACAGCGACGCGGGCAGCGUCAACAGCAGCAGCGAGUGCAGCAUCUGCCUUAACCCCGUUGCGCCCUGCCAGGCGCUUUUCGUCGCCCCGUGCAGUCAUGUGUGGCAUUAUAAGUGCGUGAGGAAUCUGUUGGCCAAGAGCGAUAGCUUUUUGUGUCCGAAUUGUCGGCUUAUGACGGAUUUGGAGGCGGAUGUUGAGCCGCCUGAAGAA